UUCUUGCUCCCUCCCAUCUCUUCCCCUGGUCCCCUCUCACCUUGUACUUGGAGGAGUGUUUGGGGGAGAAAAAAGACACCCACUAUAUUUCUCUUUAUCACACAUCUCAAACCACACGAAAACAAGAAAGAUAAAAAAACCAAACAUGGUUGCGGAGGAGAAAUCCCAAAAGACAUACCCGACAACUGCCGAGGUAGUGGAGGAGCUAAAGAGAAUGGGGGACAUAGGAGUCCCAAUAGCAGCCAUGAGCCUCGUGGGGUACCUCAAAAACAUGAUCUUAGUUGUGUGCAUGGGAAGGUUGGGAAGCCUUGAGUUAGCUGGUGGUGCUUUGGCCAUAGGCUUCACCAACAUAACCGGUUUCUCAGUCCUCUCAGGUUUAGCCAUGGGAAUGGAACCUCUUUGCACACAAGCCUUUGGUUCAAGAAACUUGUCUCUAGUCUCUCUCACUCUGCAAAGGACGAUUUUUAUGUUACUGGUGGCUUCAGUACCCAUUUCUCUCUUGUGGCUCAAGCUUGAACCUCUCAUGCUAUGGCUUCACCAGGACCCUGACAUAACCAAGGUGGCAAGCAUGUAUUGCUUCUUCUCCAUCCCUGACCUAAUUUCCAACAGCUUCCUCCACCCAAUCCGCAUCUAUUUACGUAGCAAAGGCACAACUUGGCCUCUAUUGUGGUGCACUUUACUUUCCGUUCUCAUACACAUCCCUAUCGUGGCUUUUUUGACCUUCAAACUCCACCUUGGUGUACCCGGGAUAGCUAUGUCAGCUUUUGUUGCCAACUUCAACACCCUUUUCUUCCUCCUAUCAUACAUGCUCUACAUGCGCGUCUCAAAGGGGUCACUUUCCAUGCCUUUAUUAAUAUCUCGCCCCUUGUCAUCACGACAACAAGACCAAACUUUAGCCACAAUAACAAGAACAAGUUCACUAGGCAAAGAGUGGGGCAUGCUGAUAAGGUUCUCCAUUCAGAGUUGCUUAGGAGUGUGCUUGGAGUGGUGGUGGUACGAGUUCAUGACGAUUCUAGCGGGUUACCUUUACAACCCGCGUGUUGCUUUGGCCACUGCUGGCAUAGUGAUACAAACCACGUCUCUCAUGUACACUUUACCAACGGCACUGAGUGCUUCGGUUUCAACAAGAGUGGGGAAUGAACUCGGGGCUGGUCAACCCCAAAGGGCAAGGUUGUCAACUGUGGUGGCAAUAGGAAUGGCACUUGCAAGUUCAACAUUGGGGUUGGUUUGGACCACAUUGGGGAGAGAGAGAUGGGGGAGGGUGUUCACAAGUGAUAGUGAGGUCUUGGAACUCACCAUGAGUGUGUUACCCAUAAUUGGAGUUUGUGAGUUAGCAAAUUGUCCUCAAACCACAAGCUGUGGAAUCCUUAGGGGAAGUGCUAGGCCUGGUGUUGGGGCUGGCAUAAAUUUUUACUCCUUUUACUUGGUGGGGGCUCCAGUGGCCAUAGUCAUGGCUUUCUUUUGGAGACUAGGGUUGGUGGGUCUUUGCUAUGGCCUGUUGGCAGCACAGAUAGCAUGUGUGGUCUCAAUUCUAGUUGUGGUAUACAACACUGAUUGGGAAAGGGAGUCUUUGAAGGCUAAAACCUUGGUAGGAAAGACUUCAUCAUGUGACACUAACACAAUGGAACAACAUGGAGACCAUGAAGCAGUCAAAUGUGAAGAAGCUACUGUCUUUCUCAAUCACAACAAUACCUCCCAAAAGUUACCCAAAAUCCUCGCGUUAGUGGAAGAAACACAAGCUAAGGAUAUAUCAUCAUGACUUUACGUAAUUAUUCUUCUUGUGAUUAAUUAAGCUUUUGUUUAACACAUGUUUAAUUUCUUCUAGUUUUUUCCUUGCUGAUGAUUACAUGCAAGGUUUGGUAACUCUACCAAGCUAGUUGUUGGUAACUUUGUCCGCAAAUUGUAAUAGUAGGAUUAUCUGAUUAUUGAAUAGUAUUAAUAGAU